CAGACACCACCCGGAAGACGCCGCCGCAGUUGGUCCGAGCCGCCCGCCGUCAUCGAGCGACAAGAUCCACCAACAGAAUGGGGUUCACAUGUGACCAGUGUGGAAAGGUGUGGCCAAGACUUUCCGGACUGAAAAGACAUUACAGAAGCCACACUGGAGAAAGACCAUACAGGUGUGACCAGUGUGGGACAGGAUUUAUAAACAUCAGUGGCGUCCGUCAACAUAUGAGAACUCACACAGGAGAGAAACCAUUUGAAUGUGACCAGUGUGGAAAGGCGUUUAUACUAUCUGGUAAUCUCCAUCAACAUAUGAGAACUCAUACAGGAGAGAAACCAUACAAAUGUGACCAGUGUGGAAAGGAAUAUACAAGCCCCUCUGUCCUCCGUAAACAUAUGAGAAUCCACACCGGGGAAAAACCAUACGAAUGUGAUAUUUGUGAAAAGAGAUUUUCACAGUCAACCCACCUUAUGUCACAUUUGAGAAUCCACACUGGAGAGAAGCCCUUCGAGUGUGACCAGUGUGGGAAAAGGUUCUCUACAUCAUCCAAUCUCAAAGCACACAUGAGAAUUCACUCCUGGGACAUAGUAUAUGAGUGUGACCAGUGUGAAAAGGCUUUUAAAACAUCCCAGCAACUCUCCAGUCACUACAAAACGCACACAGGAGACGAACCGUUCACGUGUGACCAGUGUGGAAAGGUGUGGCCAAAACUUUCCGGACUGAAAAGACAUUACAGAAGCCACACAGGAGAAAGACCAUACAGCUGUGACCAGUGUGGGAUGGGAUUUAUAAACAUCAGUGGCCUCCAUCAACAUGUGAGAACUCACACAGGAGAGAAACCUUUUGAAUGUGACCAGUGUGGAAAGGCGUUUAUACUAUCUGGUAAUCUCCGUCAACAUAUGAGAACUCACACAGGAGAGAAACCAUACAAAUGUGACCAGUGUGGAAAGGAAUUUACACGCCCCUCUGUCCUCCGUAAACAUAUGAGAAUCCACACUGGGGAAAAACCAUAUGAAUGUGAUAUUUGUGAAAAGAGAUUUUCACAGUCAACCCACCUUAUGUCACAUUUGAGAAUCCACACUGGAGAGAAACCCUUCGAGUGUGACCAGUGUGGGAAAAGGUUCUCUACAUCAUCCAAUCUCAAAGCACACAUGAGAACUCACUCCUGGGACAUAGUAUAUGAGUGUGACCAGUGUGAAAAGGCUUUUAAAACAUCCCAGCAACUCUCCAGUCACUACAAAACGCACACAGGAGACGAACCAGACGAAUGAAGAUAGAGGGGAAGGCUUUCAGUUCUGUGAGGAACAUGUCCAAAUCUUCCAGACUGAAGAGAAAAGCUGCAGCUGUGACCAGUGUGGAAGGACUUUGAGAAAACCUGCUCAUCUGAAGCUGCACCCUCUUGAACACACUAAAGGAGAAAGAGCUGCUGAGACUGGAUCAAGUGAACCUAAAGUCAGACUCAAAAAGGUACAGAUCAGGCUUCAGAGACUCCAGACUGUGGAGUUGAGCUCUGUGUAGUGUGAAAAAUUAAAAGCUUAAGCUGAUAUGUACAGGUUUCUUUUUUUAUUAUUAUUAUUAGACAGAGGUUUAAACAGACUGUAUUGUUUUUACAGUCAAGAAUAAGAUGAACUAACUUUAGCUCAGGGGUGGUCUCUCUGUUUAAGAAGAGGGACUGGAGGGUGUGUUCCAACUUAGGGCUGUCGUGAUAACCACAAAAUGAAUCACUGCGGUGCAUGUUGGACCACCACCAGCACACCACGUGACCAACGUGACCCGACCUAGAGUCCUUCUCGGGUCAAUUUUUGGAGACCCACACCAGCCUGGACCCGUUAACAUUCCACCUGUUACCCACCCAUGCCUGUGAUAAAUCACACACAGAUUAAAAUCAUUCUAACUGAAGCAUCUAUCAGAAUAGGAAUUGAAAAGUUACGACUUAAAGAAUUACAAUCACGAAACGAAACACUUAAACGAAAACACUAAAACUUUCAAAUCAGGCAAGAAAUCUAGGGGUAAUAAUGGACUCAGACUUGAAAUUUAACAGCCACAUCAAAUCAAUAACAUCUGCAACCUUUUACCAUCUAAAAAACAUAGCAAAAAUCUAAGGUGUACUGUCUAAAGCAGACUUGGAGAAACUUAUCCAUGCGUUUGUCUCCAGUAGGUUAGAUACUGUAAUGUUCUGCUCACUGGUCUCUCCAAACGAGCUGUGAGACGCUGCAGAACAUCCAGAACGCUGCAGCUUGGGUCCUGACUCAAACUAGGAAGUUCAAGCACAUAAGUCUUGUGCUCAGGUCACUGCACUGGCUCCUGUGCCUCAGAGACUUUAAAGCAGCUCUGCUUGUACAAGUCUCUCCAUGGCCGAGCACCAAGGUACAUCUUUGACAUGUUAGUGUCAUAUGAACCAUCUCACACUCUGAGGAGCUCAGGGACCGGCCUCCUGCUGGUGCCCAGAGUCACGACUAAACAAGGGGAGUCAGAGUUUCAGGUUCACGCAGCUAAAACCUGGAACAGUCUGAACAUGUGAGACAGACUCUUCUGUGACGCUGUUUAAAUCCAGGCUCAAAACAUUUCUGUUUAACUGUGCAAAUAACUGAAAGGUUUUCAUUCCGCACUCUUCCCUCCAAUUUAUGUGUCUCUUUUUUAAUUUUAAUCUUUAUGAUUAUUUAUGUUUUGAUCUGUUUUUAUUAUGAUUUUAAUGUAUUUCUUAUUCUGUAAAGCACUUUGUGUACGAAUUGUGCUGUACAAAUAAACUUGCCUUGCCUUGCCUA